AUGGACAAGUGGAAAAACAUUUCGUUGUCAAAGGAAGAGGAAGAAGGGAUUACAGCUGAGGUUGAAGAAGUCUCUGGCGAGGAGGUUUUUCAACGCACCCUAGCGGUGAAGCUGUGGACAGAAAAUAGUUUCAACUCGAGAGCCUUCACAAACACAAUGAUUGGGGCCUGGAAGUUAAAACAUUUGGUGGAAUCCCAAGAGCUAAGCAGGAACCUAUUCUUGUUCAGGUUUGCGUCGAAGAGGGACUUGGAAGGGGUCCUGAGAAAUGGGCCAUGGAGCUUUGAUCGAAAUCUGCUAGUUUUGGCUCGUGUUUCUGGCGAGGAACAACCGUCAAACCUUAAUAUGCACUUUGGAGUUUUUUGGGUCAGGGUUUAUGAUCUACCCCUCAUGUUAAGAUCUGAAGCAAUGGCACGAAAGUUGGGAGGGAUUUUGGGCACUUUUGAAGAAAUGGAUCUAAGAGAAGCUCACCGCAAUGGGAGGUUUCUGCGCAUCAAGGUCUCUCUAGAUCUUAAACAACCCCUGAAAAGAGGAACUGUAAUGCAAUUCAAGGAGAAAAAUCUGCGUGUACAUUUCAAGUACGAAAGACUACCAACUUUUUGCUUCACAUGUGGUCGAGUAGGUCAUCAAUUGAAGGAUUGUGAGGCUGCUAGGGAUCUGAGUGAGGAGGGUUUUGAAGAGCUGGAGGAACAAGACUUGUCUUAUGGAGCUUGGCUGAGAGCUUCACCGUUGCCAAGGGUCCCAGAGGAGCCAAAGAAAAAGGAGACAAAUUCCAGUUCAUGUAGUAAAAGCUUGUUUAAUAUCUCCUCGGGUCAGAGCCACUAUGAAAUGAAAGGGAAGGGGAAAGAAGUGGAAGAAGGGGAGGUGGAGCAAAUUAAAGGCUAA